AUGUUUGGUACCUCCUUCAGUGUGUACCGAGUCGAUCGAAACAGUUCUAACAGUAAUCGCUCACGCGGCGGUGGUGUCUUGAUAGCUGUUUCCAACGCGCUUGCUUCAUGUCAAAUCGCCGUUGAUCGAUUUACUUCAAUUGAAGCGGUCUGGGUAAAAGUGAGUCUCCCAACAAGGAAUGCUUUCAUUGGAGCAUUGUAUAUUCCUCCGGACGGAAGGAAUGAUAGUGGUAUAAUUCAACAACAUCUUGAUGCCAUUGAAUAUGCUUCUUCUUUGACUGACCUGGUGGAUGUACUUCUCUUGCUUGGUGACUUCAAUCAACCUGGGCUUAUUUGGCUGCAAUCUGGGCAUAGGUAUGCAUUUCCUGAUCCGGACAAUUCGACAACUACUCCUGCCAGCCGUCUACUCAUCGAUGGAACUGCUUUCUUUGGACUAAGCCAGAUUAGUUUGAUAUCAAAUUUCCAAAAUCACUUCCUCGAUUUGGUGUUUGUUAGCGAAAAUUUACUACCUGACUGUGCGGUCGACGAGGCACCGGAUGCCAUAGUUCCGCUCGAUAAUUAUCAUCCUGCUCUGGUGAUAUCUAUCGCGAACAGUGAUCUUGUCAGAUUCGAUGAUAGCUCGAAUGCUGACUGUUUGAAUUUUCGCAAGACAGAUUUCGAACUACUCCGGCGCAAAUUAUCCCUAUUUGACUGGAAUGCUUUGAAUGACUUGGAUAUUGACACAGCGGUUGGCCGUUUUAACUGUUUCCUCAGUGACUGUGUAUUUGCCUCCGUACCGAAGCGCCAACCUCCAAGAAAACCACCAUGGACUAAUGCUACGCUACGCAACCUCAAACGGGAACGUGCUAGGACUCUUCGUGCCCUGACUAAACGACGUUGUGCUAUCACUAAACGAAAUUUCUCAAUCGCUAGUAAUUGUUAUCGCCGCUAUAACAAGCAUCUUUACAAGCAGUAUGUGUGUCGCAUGCAGCAUAAUCUUCGCCGUCAUCCCAAGGGAUUCUGGUCGUUCGUCAAUACAAAGAGGAAAGAAAACGGACUACCGUCAAGAGUGUUUCUUGACAAUGAUGUUGCCUUGAAUGCCGAGGACAAAUGUAAUCUCUUCGCCAAACACUUUUCGACCGUCUUUUCUAAUGCUUUGCCAUCUCAAGCUGACAUCGCAAGAGCAGCGAGAGAUGUACCUAACAAUGUCAUCAGCAUGGAUGUUUUACCGUUGAAACUGAUAUGGUUGUCUCGGCGAUAA